UCGUGCGGAUCGCUUAUUGUGCUUCAGGUUUAGCGCUUGGAUUACUUUGUGGCGUCUUACGUUUCAGUUUUAACCGAUAACUUCUGAAACCUAGCUAUGGCCCGCACCAAGCAGACUGCACGCAAGUCCACGGGAGGGAAAGCUCCUCGCAAGCAGCUGGCCACCAAGGCCGCCCGUAAGUCUGCCCCUGCGUCAGGAGGCGUCAAGAAGCCCCACCGCUACCGCCCCGGCACGGUGGCCCUUCGGGAGAUCCGCCGCUACCAGAAGUCCACGGAGCUGCUCAUCCGCAAGCUGCCCUUCCAGCGCCUCGUCAGGGAGAUCGCGCAGGACUUCAAGACGGACCUGCGGUUCCAGAGCGCGGCCAUCGGGGCGCUGCAGGAGGCCUCCGAGGCUUACCUGGUAGGCCUGUUCGAGGACACCAACCUGUGCGCCAUCCACGCCAAGAGGGUCACCAUCAUGCCCAAGGACAUCCAGCUGGCCAGACGCAUUCGAGGGGAGAGGGCGUAAAGUCAUCCUCUUUAGAUUUUCUGGGAAACCGCGAUACUCGUGUAAUUUUCUUCCGGUGAUCUUUUUUUAUCUUUUAAAUGGCAUUCUGUUGUUUACUUACUGUCACU